GGCGGCCCGUAGCGGCGCGGGUGACGUGCGCUGUGGCCCUCGGUCCGACCCGUAGCGCAACCGGAAGUGGAAGGAGCAGGCGGAGCGGGAUGAAGGAGGUCCGUACCCGCCCUCGGGAAAUAUGAGAAUUCCGGGAGGGGAACGCUGACUCCAGGCCGAGCGCCCUUCCUCCUCCCAGACGGCCGCAGGGUUUGGAAGCAGAAUCAAUGUUAUCGGAUGAGUUAGAAUCCAAACCGGAGCUGCUGGUUCAGUUUGUUCAGAACACAGCCAUCCCUCUGGGCCAGGGGCUGGUGGAACCGGAGCCCAAGGACAUCGCCUGCCUGUCCCUCCUGCCCGUGACCGACACCUCAGAAUGCAGCCGGAUGCUCUUGCCAGAUGACAGCGCCAGCCAGACGCGCUCCUCCAAGGAGAUCCCUCCCUCCUCCGUGCUGCGGAGCGUCCGGGUGAGCGUGGGGCCCAACGGGGAGGAGCCGCGGGGGGCCGGGCCGGCGCAGAAAUCCCCCGGCCUCCCCUCCGGCCCGGACCCCCCGGGCCUCCUGCAGGACCUGCAGCCCGGCGACAGCACUUCCUUCAUCCUCCUCAACCUCACCAGAGCAGGCCUGGGCUCCUCGGCCGAGCACCUGCUGUUCGUUCAGGAUGAGCCCGAGGACGCCGGGGCCGACUUCCUGCCCGGCGAGGGCGCGGACAGCAGCACGCCGUGGUUCCUCCGGGUCCAGGAGCUGGCCCACGACAGCCUGAUAGCCGCCACCCGCGCUCAGCUGGCCAAGAACGCCAAGGCCGGCGGCAACGGGGAGAGCGUGCACCUCGGUCCCGGCGAGGGGCAGCCCAAGGAGCCGGCGCCCGGCCCCCACUUGCCCAGGGCGGAGAAGAGGCUCAAAUGCACCGUGGAAGGCUGCGACCGGACCUUCGUGUGGCCGGCCCACUUCAAGUACCACCUCAAGACCCACAGGAACGAUCGCUCUUUCACCUGCCCCGCCGAAGGCUGCGGGAAGAGCUUCUACGUGCUGCAGAGGCUGAAGGUGCACAUGCGCACGCACAACGGCGAGAAGCCCUUCACCUGCCAAGAGCCGGGCUGCGGCAAGCAGUUCACCACGGCCGGGAACCUCAAGAACCACCUGCGCGUCCACACCGGAGAGAAGCCUUUCCUGUGCGAGGCCGAGGGAUGCGGGCGCUCCUUCGCCGAGUAUUCCAGCCUCCGGAAGCACCAGGUGGUUCACUCGGGAGUGAAGCCCCACCAGUGCCAAGUGUGCGGAAAGACGUUUUCCCAGAGCGGGAGCCGGAACGUCCACGUGAGGAAGCACCACUCGCGGACGGGAACGCCCGGGGCCCGGGAUGGAGAGCCGAACGCCGAGUCCCUGCUGGGCAGCAGCCUGCUCGAGGCCGCGGCCCACGGAAAGAGCCUGGCGUCCAUCAGCUCCCAGCCCGGCCUCGACGUGGAGCCCCUGCAGCUCCCGGACGCCAGCCCCAUCCUGGGAGUGGCGGAGGAGGUGCUGGCCGCGGGGUCCUCCCGCCCGCUCCCCGCCACGCCGGACCAGCCCCAUCACCUGGUUACCAUGGCGACCGGGAGACAGGCGUUCGAGGUCUCCGCCUUACUGCAGUAAGUCCACAGGAGUUACUGAAGCCGGACGUCCCGUAAAGCCGGACCCGAGAGGAUGAGCGCGGGAGCCCCGGAGGAAGCGGCCUCAUCCCGCUCGACCCCCCGUCGGCUCCGAAUCCGCCGUACGCCCAUCCCGGGGGACCCCCGCUCCGCCGGACCGAGGUCGAUCCCGCUCCCAUUCCCGGGAGGGAACCGUCCGUCGCCCGGACGGAUCCGAUCCCGUCCGCCGGGGCCCGGGAGGAGGAUCGGGGUGGGGACGGGAGGCCACGGGGCGCCGGGCGGCCUCGGGAACACCUCCCCGGGCUCCCCCGUUGGCGUCGGAAACUCACGGCAGCCUGUUAAGAGGGAAUUUUUUAAUUUAAAUCCCCGGGGGACGACGGAGCCGUCGCCCGCGUCCUCCGGCAAUAAACCGCUAGCCCAGUCCGACC